AUGAUUCGCUUGAUUAACAUGGAGACGUUAAAGUUGGAGACGUUCUCUGGCAAGAAAGUUCCUAAAUAUGCCAUCCUAUCCCACACCUGGGGCACCGAUUCGGAAGAGCUUACCUUCGAUGACCUCCGAAAAGGAAUAACUGACAAGCCAGGUAUUGGGACGAUCAAGUUUAAGGGAUGCUGUGAUCUAGUCAUCAAGGAAAACAUCAAAGAAGAAAAAGAAAACAAAAUGAAACAUGUCUGGAUUGACACUUGCUGCAUCGACAAAUCAAGCUCUUCAGAACUGCAAGAGGCUAUCAACGCCAUGUUUGAUUGGUAUGCCAAUGCCUCUGUCUGUUAUGCCUAUUUAUCGGAUGUGCCUCAGGACGACAAGCUACCUUCUGAUAGUGAAUCCAAGUUCUUCACUAGCCGAUGGUUUUCGAGAGGUUGGACCCUACAAGAGCUUCUUGCACCAAAGGAAGUGCGUUUUUACAAUGCAGAAUGGAAACCCAUAGGCGACAAAAUUGAACUGAGCCGUACUAUUGAGAAAAUCACUGGCAUCUCAUGGCUGGUUCUGAAAGGUAUCGACAAAAUACAUAACGCAAGCGUUGCACAGCGCAUGUCAUGGGCGGCGCGAAGAGAAACAACGCGGCCUGAAGAUCUCGCAUACUGUCUGCUAGGUAUCUUUGACAUACACAUGUCAAUGCUAUAUCCAGAGGGCGGCAAAAAUGCCUUCUUCCGGCUCCAGGAUCUCAUUAUGAAGAAGACCGGGGAUGACUCCAUUCUUGCUUGGGAUCACAGCGAACCUCCCAACCCCCAAGAUCGGACUAUUGGAGAUGAGAUAUUCGCAGUUAGUCCGGCAUAUUUCGCAAAUUCUGGAAAGAUUGUGGCCCGAAAGCCGGAGCGCAUUUUUAGCGAAAUCAAUGUGCUUGGUGGCAGGCUUGGGAUCAACUUGCCGCUCCAUAUUGCUGAGUCUGGUGAAUUGUUUGGAUUGCUCAAUUGUGGUCCUAAAUCAACCAAGGAGGGAAUUCAAUGCGUUGGAAUUCCUCUGGCCAAAGCAACCUCCGGGGCACCAAAUGAGUAUAUCAGGCCAAAGAAGCGCUCUUUGAGACUAUGUCCAGCACCGGCACCUGAUUCUUCAACUCAGUGGAUCCAAAUAAAAAAAGAUGGUCAAAAGGAUACAACGGCAGAUCAGCAAUGCUGGCUUUAUGAGGAUGCGUCAUUUGCCAAAUUUCACCUGGAGUUGAUGGAAGUGCAUCCCUCAUCUUGGUGGGACAAGAAGAAAGGUAUGAUUUCUGGAAUGGAUUCUGACGAUACUGCUAUUAAUCGAAUCUUGAUGCGGUGUCGCUAUUGCAAACCGGAAUCCAAGACGGAAUACCCAGAUUUUCUCUUUAUACUCGAAUUAAGCCAGCCGGGUUCCAACGCAAAGCAUCUGUUUCAUACUGCGAUAUGCCGCAGAGAUGCUCCGCUACCAGAGCUCGCAGAACAAUUUCGCCCAGAGCUACCAAACAUAUCCGGAUACGCCAGCAACGGGAUAUUCAAUCUACACAUAACACUAGACUCAGAGGAUGGAGGAGAUAGAAUGUCUCUCACGCCCGGAGAAGCGCCUGAUUCGCACGAUACUAUUAAUGCAUCUUCAGAGACGGAGAAGCUAGCGGCUGUUGCUCAAUUCACAAAAUUGUUGAGAUCUAGGAAGCUGGGGAAAGCGAAAGAGGAACGGCUCAGAAUCGAUACGGAAGCUCGCAGGCGGCGUUUGCAAUUUGUCAAGGAGCAGCGACAGACGGUCGACGACGAAAUAAAAAAGCUCGAGGCUAGAAGGGCGAUGUUAAUCGAGGAAGAACAAGACAAGUCUAACGAGAUGAACGACCUAGCAGAGGAGCAGACACAAGCCAGAAAGCUUCAAGAUGAUUUGUUCAAAGAGCUAGAAGCUGCACAUCAACGGCUGAGAAGUGUCGAGCCCAUCGAGUAUUCCGAAGUGAAGUUGAACGACUUUGAUGUGGACGAAAAUGAUUCCGAAGCGCAGAGAAAGGAUGAGGAUGUGGGCAGGACAUUGUUGCGAGAAGCCAUCAAGAAUGGCGAUGUUGAAGCGAUGAAGAUGCUUCUUGCAGGAUCUGACGACGAGGACGCUGCAAGUAACUAUAGUUGGCUGGUGCUUACUUCGGCGUCCUUCAGAGGAGAUGCCGACACGGUUGGGGGGCUCCUCGCGAACAACAAAGUCGAUCCUGACUCUAGAGAUAUAAGAGCUGGUCGGACGGCGCUUGGUUGGGCAAGUGAGAAUGGUCACGCAGACGUCGUGAAGCUGCUUCUCGACACAAAUAGGGUGAAUGUAAAUGCGCAAGAUGUGAAUGGAGCCACGCCGCUGCAUCUGGCUUCAGGAAGAGGCCAUACGUCUGUUAUGAAGCUGCUUGUUGACAGGAACGACACAGAUCUUAACCCACGGGACGUGAAUGGCAAGACGCCGUUGCAGUGGGCAUCUGAAGGAGAUUGGGGGGAUGCAAGACAGUUGCUGCUUGAUCGAGGCGCGCCCAAUGUUUAUCAACAAACGCUUCAGGGUUAUGGCGGCAGUAUCGAGGGGGUGGCCUUCUCACACGAUUCAGCGCUUAUAGCAUCAGGGUCAUCAGAUUAUACUGUCAGAAUCUUAGACAGGAUCACAGGAAGAUGGCAAAAAACACUCGAGGGUCACAAUGGCAUCGUCAACGCGGUGGCCUUCUCACACGAUUCAACGCUUAUAGCAUCGGCAUCGAAUGAUUCUGCCAUCAGGGUGUGGAAUACCACAACAGGUAGAUGCCAACAGAUGUUACGUGGCCCUAGAUCGGACAUCACCAUGGAGGCAGUGGCAUUCUCGCAUGACUCAAAACUCAUAAUAUCUGGGUCAAGUGAUGCAAUCUUCAAGGUGUGGGAUGUAACGACAGGCAAGCUCUCGAGAUCGCUUAUGGGUCAUAAUGCCACCAUCUACGCCGUGGCCUUUUCACACAACUCCUACUUAAUGAUAUCAGCAUCGAGGGAUGGUGUCGUUAUAAUGUGGAAUGACGAUAAACGAACCUACCGCAUGAUAGAGCCCAACACCGCCUCCUUGAGUAGACUGAACAUUUCGGAGAUGUCAAUGUAUUUCUGCCAUUUCUGCACGACGUCGGCAGACGGCGCUGUGAGAGUCGGGAGUACUGAAAACGGCCAACGUCAACAAAUAUCACACGAUCACGACGCUUCACCAACUUUAUCUGUCAUUGUUGCAUCAGGAUCGUUAAACGAAACAAGGAAGCUUUGGGGGCUCGGUACACGGAUAUGCAAACAGUUAAUUGGAAGCAAAGGCGCUGCGGUUCGUGCAAUAGCCUUCUCGCACGACUUGAAUUUCGUAGUAUGCGGCUUAAGUGACGGCACUAUCCAGAUUUGGGAUAAGUGGUUGUCGUCUUACGCUUCUAAUGAGAAUUCACGGCAUUCUGAAGAACAGAGUGAGGAGAGGCACCUGGAGCUAAGGGAUCAAUGA